AUGUGGCUUCGGGGCUUCAGCCGCGGCACCCUGACAGAGCUGAGCCGAGCUGUGACCAACGAAGCGAGGCACACCAUGCAGAGGAACCGGCCCCUGGCCAGGGUGUUUGUGAGCCGGCGGGUCCCACAGGAAGCGCUGAGCCUGCUCCGAGACUCGGGCAUCUGUGAUAUUAAGCACUGGGAUUCUGAUGACCCUGUACCUCGCACAGAUCUGUUAAAAGGGGUUGCUGGAGUAGAUGGAUUAUACUGUUUAUUGACCGAGAAAAUAGAUAAAGAACUUUUAGAUACUGCAGGACCCAACUUGAAAGUUAUCAGCACCAUGUCUGUGGGGUUCGAUCAUCUUUCUCUCGAAGAAAUUAAAAAAAGGGGAAUUCGAGUGGGCUAUACCCCUGACGUCCUGACCAAUGCCUCCGCUGAACUCACUGUCGCCUUGCUCCUGGCAACAUCUCGUCGACUGAUGGAGGCAGUAGCUGAAGCCAAAAAUGGUGGCUGGGGCACGUGGAAACCCAUGUGGCUUUGUGGUUAUGGACUGUCAGACAGCACUGUGGGCAUCGUUGGACUGGGAAGAAUAGGUUUUGCUGUUGCACAACGUUUGAAGCCAUUUGGUGUGAAGAAAUUCCUGUAUACGGAUUAUGAGCCAAAGCCGGAGGCUGCUGCAGAGAUACAGGCUGAGUAUGUAUCCUUGGAUAAACUGGCAGAGCAAUCAGAUUUUGUGACAAUACAUUGUACCUUGACGCCUGAGACAGUUGGUCUGUGCAACAAAGAGUUUUUCUCAAAAAUGAAAAGGACGGCCGUAUUUAUCAAUGUGAGCAGAGGAGCUGUAGUGAACCAGGAUGAUCUUUAUCAAGCUCUCUCCACUGGUCAGAUUGCUGCAGCAGGAUUAGAUGUCACGGUUCCUGAGCCAUUACCCACCAACCAUCCUCUAUUUGCCCUUAAAAACUGUGUUAUUCUGCCACAUAUUGCAAGUGCCACCCUCGCCACUCGCACUACCAUGGCUGUGCUGGCUGCCAAUAAUCUCCUGGCUGGCCUCAAAGAUGAACCGAUGCCAAAGGAGCUGACCUUGUGAGGUUGGAGGUUGUGCCCUAGCUGUGAGGGGACUUCUGUUGUAGAGCUUGUGUCCUGAAACAU